ACCAAACACAAUUUCUGCAAACCACAAUACACAGCAAAGAAGAAAACUCGUCAAUUCUUUAGUGUUUACUCUUUAUUCUCUUCUCAUAACUGCGAUAAUGGAUAAAUUCAAAGAGACAAUCUUCAGACUUGCUAAAUCUCAUCCAAACAAACCCUUAUCUCCUUCUCAAAUUUCAUUUAUCGAAGAACAACUUCUCCUUACUUUCCCACUUCUUCGUACUCCCACUCACCCCACUUAUUCUGUGAUGAUACAAAAUGCAAUUAAAGAGUUGAAUGAGGAAGAUGGAUCAAAUGAGGAGUCAAUUUCAGAGUAUAUUAAGGCAAAUUAUGAUGAUUUACCUUGGGCACAUGUUACAUAUUUAAGCCAUCAUUUGAGAGAACUUUGUAACAAUAAUGAAAUUGAGAUUGUCUCUACUUCUACUUGUAAACGCUACGUAACAGCGGCACGCAGCGUAGGCCAAGGACAUGAUUUAGGGAGGAGACGACCCAAGCGAAGAUUAAAGAGGAAAAGAAAGGAGAGUGUGGUUGAGAAUGAUGAAGAGAGAAGUUUAGGUGAAGAAAAUGUGAUUGAAUUUAAAGAUGAAGGUAUACUAGUGUCUGAGAGGAGUAAAAUGAAGCGGAGAAGGCGAAGUUGUUUGGUUAUGGAAGACGAAGAUGAUAAAGCUGUUGAACAUGCUGUUGUUGUAGCAGAGCAGAAUGUUUGUAACAACAGUCAAGCAUUGGUUGUUGUAGCAGAGCAGAAUGUUUGUAACAACAGUCAAGAGUUGGUUGUUGUAGCAGAGCAGAAUGUUUUUAAUAACAGUCAAGAGUUGGUUGUCGUAGCAGAGCCGAAUGUUUGUAGCAACAGUCAAGAGUUAGUUGUUGAGAAUGUUAGCUGUGAUGCUGCUGAGUUAGAUGUAGAAUCUGGAGAAAAUGCUGGAAGCAAUCCUGUAAUUGUGUGUGGUUUGGAAUGGGAAGAGCUACCGAAAUCGAAACAACAGGCUUGUAAAGGUAACCCCAAAAAGAGAUUGAAAGAUCACCAAGAAAAAAGGGAAGCGUCUUUGAAGUUAAUGCCAUCUUUGCCAGCUAAAGAUGUAGGUUGCAAUCAGCUUGAGCAUGACCAGAUACAUGAGCUUUUGUCUCAGAGAGGUGUUGAGACCGAGGCAAGUGCUGGUAUGGAGAGUGAUUUGGGGCCACCAUGGUUGAUACCAUUGCUGAAGGGGAAUUACUUUAUCCCAUGCUCACUUCAUGCAAAGUCAAGCAAGAGUAAAUGUAAUUUGUUCUGUUUAGAUUGCAUGGGAGAUGCCUUCUGCGCGAAUUGUUUGUCCCUUCACAAUGAGAGUCAUCGUAUUGUCCAGAUAAGAAGAUCGCCAUCAUGCUACAAUGUGGUGAAAGUGGACGAGAUACAGAUGUACCUGGACAUAUCGUCAGUACAGACCCACAUCAAAAAUAGUGCGGUGAUUGUGCGUCUCAAUGGACGCCCUCGUCCGGGGCCUGGUAAGUACAUCACCAGAACAUGCAAAAAUUGUCGCCUCCUUGAUCCCUCCAGAUUCUGUUCUCUUGGUUGCCAGCUUUAUGCAAAAUUGCUGAAGUCUUCAGAGGUCAAGAACUUACCCGUUGAUCAAAGUCAACAAGCUUGUACAUCAUCUUUGCUUGAAGAUAGUUCCAAUGAAAACUUGGAAACACAGAAGCAUUUGGAUCCCUUGCACGCUAAUAGCUUGGAAGAGCUUAUGUUGAUGGAGGAUGAAGAAAAUUUACCCCUUCAAAUGGUGUUUGAGAAAUGUGGUAAGCAAAAAAAACAUGCAGAGACCAAAUUUGCAACAAAGGUUCCUUUGGCCCAGGAAACACAAAAUCAAUAUGGUGCUCAACUUGAGGCACCUAUGACUUCACUUGUAGAAGGAAAAUGGGAGCAGGAGAUCAAGGAAGAUGUAGUUGCUGUGUCAAAUCAGCUUCUUCUGCAGCAAGAAGAGUUUCCUAAACCUGCGACUUAUUGUAAUUUAAAGCAGCAGAAGCAACCGCUGAAGAAAGAUGGCUGCAUAAGGCCUCGGAAAGUAAUGAAGGGCUUGUCUAAUGCAGCAACUGGUCAGAAAAGUGGGCGAGGAAGGCCACAAAAACAAAAAGAAACAAUUAAGGAAGAUGCACUGGCUGUUUCGAGUUCGGAUCUUCAGCAACAAGAAGAGCUGUCUAAGGCAGCGAUUAUUGAUCAGCAUUCUCAAGUGCAAAUCAAACAACCAAAGAAACGAGGAAGGCCACGGAAGCAUACAGAAGCAACCAAGGAAGAUAAACCAGCUUCAUUGGAAACGUGUGUGCAGUUACAAGAAGGGUUCUCUGAAUCAGCAAUCAGUCAGUGUUCUCUGCAGCUACCCAAAAAGGAUGGCCGAGGAAUACCGCAGGAACAUAUAGAAGCAACCAAGGAUGAUACCGAAGCUUCUUUAAAUUUGCAUCUUGAGAUCCAAGAAGGGUUGUUUAAACCAGCAACUGAUGAGUGUACUAAGCAACAAACCCAGAAUCUGAAAAAAAAAGGUCCGGGGAGUCCACAGAAACAAGUAGAAGCCACCACGGAAGAUGCAGCUGUUUGUUCAAAUUUGCAUGUUCAUCAACAAGAAGGUUCGUCUAAACGAGAAACAAAGCAGCUUUCUCAGGAACAAGUUAAGCGGGUGAAAAAGGAUGGCCGAGGAAGGCCAAGAAAACAAAAAACAGCAGCAAAGGAACAUGCUACAGCUUCCUCUGAACUAGCACUGCAUCAACGUCCUCUGCUGCGAGUCACAAAGUGCAAAGACAAACUGCUUAAAAAGGAUGGGCAAGGAACACCUCGGAAACUACAAGAAGAUGUGGAGAAAGAUCCGGAAGCUUUAAUGAAUUUGUAUCUUCAAGAAAAGAAACAAGAAAUAACCAAAGAUGAUUCAGAAGCUCCAUUAAAUCUGCCUCAUAAGCUGGAAAAGUUGUCUAAAGUGGAUGAUUGUCCAGAUGCUGAGCCUGAGAAAUCUUCAAGUGAAGUUCAUGUGACACCUGAAUCAGGACAAGUUAUGCAAGUCUCAUAUGAUGAAAUUCAUCAAUCGCUUAAGAAGCAAAAAAUGGAUGGUGGUGGCCUGCUUCCUGAAGCAAUAGCACUGACGACAUCAUCAGCUAAUCAGCCCGAUCAACAACAAGAGCAACAGUGUCAUGAACAAGAGGAAGUUCCACUGUCAAAGCCAUCGAAUUUAACAGAAAUGCAGGUUCCUCUCUCCUGUAAAGAUCAGCUGCGCUCCAGGAUAAAACGCCAAUCUCAGGAUAGCUCUUGAAAUCUAAUAUACGGGCUUUUGUAUUGAAUCCUGUUAGACACGGGUACAUGUCUAAGUGUCCAAGUAGGCUAUUAUGUAAAAAAAAGGAAUUUCCAUGGUUUUGGCUCAAAAUGAAGUAGGCUAUUCUGUAAAAAAAAAAGGAAUUUCCAUGGUUUUGGCUCAAAAUGAAGUGUCGAAGUCAUAUCCAUGUGGGAGUGGCGAGGAUCAAUCUCAGAUGAAUAGUCAUGUCCAAUUGACAUAGCUUGAAACAAGAUUAUUUAGUUGCAGCCAAGAAAUAUGCUAACUUAAGCACCUUAAUGAAGUUUUCUUGAAGUCAAUAUCUUGUUUCUACUGAAAGAAGACUACUUUUAUACUGCAUAACUCAAGCCUGCAUGGUUAGAGUGCUGAACUGCCUGGUGAGUUUAGUCUUUACGAGUUAUCUAUUAGUAUGUGGUCAUAUACUCAUAUCCUAUCAGCAACCUAUCCGUUUCUCAUUAUACAACCUAUAUCAUAUACUUACUCCAUUUCAUUUUAAAUGUAACAAAUGAAUAUUUUACAUCUCACAAAAAAUACCCGUUUGUUGCAUUUAAAACGAAACGGAGGAAGUACAAAAUUAGAAACAGACAUUAUUUUCAAAAUCUUAAAAACAAAAUUAAAAAAACGGACAUUAUUACUAUAUAAGUUGUGUUUUUCAUCAUUUUGUUUUAAUUUCCCAAAAAAAUAUUAAAAAAAAUAUAAGACUAGACUCUUGGAAUUAGAAAUUCAUAAACUAUAUUAUAACAUGCAUUUGACUUAAAAACAAAUAAAUUCUUAUUUCUUUUUGAUAAGGCACAUGCAAUCCAAAUUAAAUCCCCUAAUAAAUCCCACUCUAAUAUGAGGGGGAAAGGGAGAGACUCACUCUACACAGUGUACACUAGUAUGCGAGUUCCAACUUGGGAUCUUUAAGCAAUACUUGGUCAAGUCUUCUACAAAACGGUCUCACCAAAAGCAUAGUGUAGUAGUUAAGUUCUGUUCUUUUGGACUGAACGAAACUGAACUUAAUUCGUCGUAACUUAGGUGAAUUAGAUUUGUUUGAAGUAAAUUGGAUCGAACUGAAUUAAAAGAAACUAAAUGAACAUAUCUGAAUUCGUCUGAACAAAAUUUUCAUUAAUUCAGUCCGAAAACAGAGCUUUAGUAGCCACGUAAGUUGUUUGCCUAAAUUUUAGCCCUAUUAUGGCAUAUUGGCAUUAUCUACCUUUCAUUUUGGUGCCCCAUGUGUCCAUAUCAUAUGAUAUGAGUUGCGGAUAUCCCUUUAAAUAGAUUCUUUCAAAUUAAUAAGUGGUGCACAAGAAACAUAUGAGAUGAUGAUGAUCAUGUCGUCAGCUCUCUCUUGCUCUCUCAAAGCUUCACCUUCUCAUCACCACCAUUAUGAUCAUAUAGGAGAAUUCAAUGUCAGACAAGACUGCAAACAUUUAUUUAGGGAUGGUCCAAGGAUACAACAACUAAGCAAAUUCACAACUUCUGCAGCUAAAUCUGGUGGAUUUUCUCUCAAUAUACCAGGUUUUAAGAAGUGUGAGAAUUGUAGAGGCCAAGGUGCCAUAGAAUGCUCUGGAUGCAAGGUGUUUUGAGUGUCAAGGAUUUGGAUUAAAGAGCUGCCCUCAAUGUGGAAAAGGAGGUCUUACACCAGAACAAAGGGGAGAAAGAUAAAUUAUGGAGAUGCUUCUAUGAAUAUGUGUUUUUCGUAUGGAAAAUUUGUCGAAAAAAACCUUUUAAAGAUUUAAUUUUGCAAAAAAAAAAAAAAUCUUAUAAAACAUUCUCUGUAAAAAGAAACCAUAAAUUAAAAUUUUCUUGUAAGAAAAACCUCAUAUUACAGUGUGUUUUUUUACAAAUUUUCCUUUUCGGAUUUAUGGUUUUUAACUAUUGUAAGAAAAAAUAAUACGAGGUUAUUACAUGCGUUUUUUUGUUGGAUUA